GUGUCUCUUUGUAUUCCUUCUUUAUAGUCUCUUUCUUUCCUCCCUUCUCUGUCACGGUAUUUGUGUCUCCGUCUCUUUCACUGUCUACAUUUUGCUUUUCACAUUUCCCUCUCUCUCUAGCUCCCUCUUUUCCUCCAUCUCCCCCCUUUCUCUGCACAAGGAAUUCUCCUCCUCCCCCUCCCUCUACCUGAGCCCCUCUGCAUGGUCUCUGUACAUGACAGACCCCGAGUCUGCUGUGUCUGUGUGACAGUUCCGCUCUGUGACAGACAGUACCUUCACAUGCAGUCUCUCUGUGCCAAUAUCUACGUGACAGUUUUCUCUAUGUAUCAUUUCUGUAAGACGGUCAGUCCGCAUGCAGCUCACCUGUGACACUCUCUCGGUGACAGUCCCGAGGCUGUCUGUGGCGGACACUCUCUUGGUGACAGUCUCUCGGUGACAGUCUCUCCGCAUGCUGCCCCCCUGGUCUAUUUCUACCCCCGGGUGUCCUCUCACCCGCAGAGAUGCCUUUCCACCCGGUGACCGCGGCGUUGAUGUACCGGGGGGUGUACACUAUCCCCGAACUACUGAGAGAGCACUCACCCACUCAGCUCCCAGAGGACGAGAUAGAGGAGAUUCGAGAAGCUUUCAAGGUGUUUGACCGAGAUGGAAACGGAUUCAUCUCAAAGCAGGAGUUGGGCACGGCAAUGCGAUCCCUUGGAUACAUGCCCAACGAGGUAGAGCUGGAGGUCAUUAUACAGAGGCUGGAUAUGGAUGGUGAUGGUCAGGUGGAUUUUGAAGAAUUUGUGACAUUAUUGGGACCAAAGAUUACAACUUCUGGAAUCCCGGAUAAGUUUCGUGGUGCUGAUUUUGAUACUGUAUUUUGGAAGUGUGACAUGCAGUCACUGUCAGUGGUGGAACUAAAGAGGUUGUUGUACGACACUUUUUGUGAGCACCUGUCCUGCCGAGACAUUGAGAAUAUCAUCCUGACUGAGGAGGCUGGGAACAUAGGAACUAAAGGGGACUGUCCUGUUUCCAUUGAAAAUCCCCCCAACCAACAGAUACGCCAGACCUGUGUACGAAAGAGUCUGAUCUGCGCAUUCGCCAUUGCUUUUAUCAUCAGUGUGAUGCUGAUUGCAGCUAAUCAGGUCCUGCGCAGCGGUAUGAAGUGAUGGAGCUGG